GGCAACACGUGUUUGUCUCGGCCAUUUUAUUUUACCUCACAGCGCGUGCAAACGUCUUUUCGGCUGCUGCACGUUUUGUUAAAUUAAACAACCAUAAUGGCAGAUAUUGAGCUGAAGAAAGAAAAGAAAAAGAAAAAAAUCAAGCAGGAGCCGGUUGAUGCCGACGACAUUGGCACUUUGCAGAAGCAGGGCGAAUUUCAAAUAAAACCCUCGUCAAAGAUAGCACAGCUAGACACAUCCCAGUGGCCGUUGUUAUUGAAGAACUUUGAUAAACUAAAUAUACGCUCGAAUCACUACACUCCCUUGGCACAUGGUUCCUCGCCACUUAAUCGUGAAAUCAAAGAAUAUAUCAAAUCUGGAUUUAUUAAUCUCGACAAGCCUUCGAAUCCUAGCUCGCAUGAAGUUGUCGCCUGGAUAAAGCGCAUAUUGAAAGUUGAGAAAACCGGCCAUUCGGGCACAUUAGAUCCUAAAGUCACUGGUUGUCUGAUUGUUUGCAUUGACCGUGCCACCCGCUUAGUCAAGUCACAACAAAGCGCCGGCAAAGAGUAUGUAGCCAUAUUUAAGUUGCACGGCCCUGUUGAGUCUGUGGCCAAAGUGCGUCAGGGUUUGGAAAAACUGCGUGGUGCGCUUUUCCAACGACCACCUCUUAUUUCGGCUGUGAAGCGUCAAUUGCGUGUACGCACUGUCUACGACAGCAAACUACUGGACUAUGAUCCUGCCCGUAAUAUGGGUGUUUUUUGGGUUAGUUGCGAAGCCGGUUCGUACAUACGUACCAUGUGCGUGCACUUAGGCCUAGUACUUGGCGUUGGCGGCCAAAUGUUGGAGUUAAGACGCGUACGAUCGGGCAUUCAGACUGAGCGCGAUGAAAUGGUCACAAUGCACGACGUUCUCGAUGCGAUGUGGCUGUACGAGAACCACAAGGACGAGUCCAUGCUACGGCGUGUUAUAAAGCCGUUGGAGGGAUUGCUGGUCAACCACAAGCGCAUUAUCAUGAAGGACAGCUCGGUCAAUGCUGUUUGUUAUGGUGCCAAAAUUAUGCUGCCAGGUGUGUUGCGCUACGAGGAUGGAAUUGAAAUUGAUCAGGAGAUUGUCAUAUGCACAACAAAGGGAGAGGCCAUAUGUCUGGCAAUAGCACUGAUGACCACAGCGACCAUGUCUUCCUGCGAUCACGGUGUCGUAGCUAAAAUCAAACGUGUAAUAAUGGAACGCGACACCUAUCCACGGAAAUGGGGUCUCGGUCCUAAGGCAUCGGCGAAAAAGGCGCUCAUUGCGAGUGGUAAGCUCGACAAAUACGGUCGGCCCAAUGAGAACACACCAAAGGAAUGGUUAACGGGCUUUGUCGAUUAUAAUGCUAAGAAACCGGCAGCAGCAGUGGCGCCACAGUCACAGCCAAGCAAUGGAUCAAAUGAGGCUAGCAAGCGCAAGCAUAGCAUCUCUAGUGCCGAAGAAUCUGCCACUGAGGCCGCACCAUCAAAGAAAGAUAAAAAAAAGAAACACAAGGGUGGUGAGGAGGGGCCAGCCGAAGAGGCAGAGGUGAAAGAAACCACUUCAGACGAGAAAAAAGAUAAGAAAAAGAAGAAGAAGAAGGACAAAGAUAGGGACAGAGAGGAACCUCAGGAAUAAUUUUACAUAUACCCACGGCUUUAGAAACUCUUGUUGUGAGAGUGUAGAAUGAAUCAUUAUUUGAUCAUCUUUUAGUUCCUAAGUUAAGAAAAGUUUCUAUUGUAGAAAUAACAAAUUUUCUACGCAUUUAAGUGACAUUCGCAAUGCAAUAAAUUGUAUUUUUUAUUGUACUAUAAUAUGUA